AUGCUCCGGCAGUACGGGCAACUUCCAUACGGGCGACCAAACGAGUGGGGUGUGCUGGAAUCACACGAAAGCUUAGCUCAUUCACAGGACGACUCGGAUACCCUAUCUCCGCAGACGGAGAAGGGCCGUUCAUUGUGCCGCUCCCUGUCCGGCUGCCGUCGACAAUCGAGACUGCUGAGGCCAUACCGGAUAAACUCUUUGACACCUUUGACCGAGAAUAUCGAUGGGCCACCUGCCUCUCGGAGGCCCUCCUCGCCAAGGGAUGACGUUUCGAUCUCUGCAGUUGAUGGAGCUCUUGAAUUGCCGACAGAAACUUCACCCAGAAAUACACCAGACAGGGAACAGGAGAAGCACGAUGCUGAUCUAAGUAUACGGCCAAUUUCAGGACCAGGACCAUCACUAUACCAGAGGGACCAUUCGAGUGGCCUCUUCCCUGUCUUGGAGGACAGAUACCAAUCAUUCGACUUGUCUUGCUCGCGGCCACGAACGGCAAGCAUUAUCGCUCAACGGCCGGGGGUUGCUCCAGAUCAACCAGUGCCGCCGCCGCCAUGUGCCUACCCGCCGAACCGGUUUCGACUCUCCAAGAAUGACUCUUUGCGGUUUUCGUCGCUGAGUCUUGAGACCGCUGAUAGCUCUAUUAUGAAUGAGAGCAGAAGGGCUUCGGCUGGCAUGGAUAGUGUAUUUACUUCGCCAGCUUUGCCCCCCUGUCCAACAUUCGCCCCUUACAGUGCCAACGACGUUGGAAGGAGUGUUGCUUUCUACUCCAGAUCACCAGCCCCAUUUGUCUUCCCAGCAGGCUCAUUGCCGGGUGAGGCGGAGAGACUCGAACCGGAUCGUACUUCUCCCCGCCGAAGUUUAACAGCACGCAGUUCAAUUCACUCCAUGGAACGAAUUAGCGCGCCCCCCAGAAGAAGCGAAUCCCUCAACGUACGCCCGCCUAGAAGAGAAUCUCUUCCGCAAACUGACCAGGAGCGCAUGGCGGGUUGUAACCCAGCCUUGCUGCCACAUUUCAGUCAACUACAACGAUACUCUGUGUAUGGAAGCCAGCGGCGGGAAAAUGACCCAUUCUAUGGAGGCAUGCCUGCGGGCUUCAGUCGCUCAAGUGCUCAAGGGUGGACCAACAUUUCACCUAUCCAAGAAUCGCACUUGCCAUCUUCUAAUGGUUAUCUCAAACCCCCGUUAGCCUCCGCUAUGAGAAGCGGCAACCGUCCCCGAAAAGGCCAUCGACGACAGAACUGUGUCCGGAUAUCAAUCCAGCCACCUAUUACUUUUGGGGGAGCUCCGUUUGCUCCAAUGGUUGAGGAGCCGGAGGAGUUAGACGAGCUUGACAUGCACGCAUCACAGAUGUCUGAUCUAUCGGCUUCCAAUAUUUCGUCUUUGCGCUCAAGUGUCUCCGGUUUCUCGAUGAGCCGGAUCGGCUCUGACCCACAAGGAGACGUAACACGCAUCACAGAGAUCUCUGACAGUCGUCCACCCUCGUACCGAAACUCAACCUACUUGGCUUCGUCUAAGAAGCGGAAGCAUAGUCGAGAUGAUUCUAUAGAUAGUGUGCUGAGUACGCUGAACACUGGCAUGGACAAAACCCUUCCUGAGAUCAUCACUACACUGCCCCCUAGUUUCGGAGAUAGCCUGAUCGAUACCCCUUCGCCUGACAAGCCUAUUCCAGUUUGGAUGGCUCCUAAGUACAGCGGCUCGCCAACGGCGUACGAAAAUGCCCCGAGUCCAGGCAGUCCUCGCCGGUCCGCCGUCAAAGGACCACGCAGCCAGCCAGCUAGACCACGCCUAAAUAGCGCCAGGUCACAUCUACUAGAAAAUGGUGCCAACGCCACAAGCCCACCGAUCCGCCCUCGCAGUCAGAGCGUGAAGCAUGGAUCAAACCGCAAGUCAGUCGACUCUGUGCAGCGCGCCAAAAGCAUAACCACAAGCUCACCGCGGCCCUACAGCCAACAUAUGAAUGAGCAGGAAAAGCCGGCUCUGGACAGCUCGUUCCCUACACAACAGCAAAAUUACACCCAGCCGUCAGAGCGUCCAUCUUCCCGCAGUUCCAGCAGGGCUGGGAACCACAUCGUCCCGAUAUGGGAGGACCACGGUCGCACCCCGAGCCGUCGUCCCACCAAAAAGUCUACAAUAUCCAUCAUCUCCGAAGAGUCCGGGCCUGCAGAGCUGCACGGUGAGUCGUCACCUCGGAAGCCAGAACGUCUCAAGAGUGCACGACCGGAAUUCUCGACGCCCGUUAAGAGGGCUGUGGGGUUGGGCAUCGGCGCUGCGACGCCAGGCAGUCUCUAUGAUGGGGACGGGUUUUUGAAAGAAUAA